AUGAGUAUCUCAAAACAGCGGGCGUACAGAACAUUCAUGGACAACAUAUCUGAAUCCGAAUUGAUUUCGUUUGUUUCGGAUUAUGUAAGGAAUGGAACUUCCAACAAAUUGUAUAAUAAACGUGCAGAACUCCUGUGCGAAAUCUACACACCAGAAGGAAAUUUUGUAAAAUGUGGAGAUAACGCAGGAAACUUCAUUAAAAAAUUGUGCAAAAAUGUUCCUGAUUUUGCAACGUCACUGCAAAAAGGAAAAUGUAAAGAAUGCGGUAACGAAUUCAAUAAUCUUGUGACCUUGGAAAUUCCAGGAGAAGUUUGGGCAACAACAUUCACGGAUGGACUACAGAAGGUUACUGAUGAAUUCUUCGAAAUUGAUCUAGAAUGCAUAAAAUGUACGAAGCAAUCCAUAAUUGAAAAAAGAAUUAGAUUCAAUUCCUAUUAUGAUUUGUGUCUCCUUAGAGGAGUUCUACUAGAAAAUCCCUUUGCAGAAACUGAAAAGUGGAAGUUGGUGCAAGAAAACAUAAAAAGUAGUUGUUGCAAAGAAUUUUCCAUAAGAUCCCUUAAGGACCAUUUGCAACUGCUAUUAGAGGCCUUUUUAAAAAAAGAUAAAUCUAAUCAGAUAAGAUCUGGCAUGGAAGAAAUUUAUUCAGAAAAGGAUCAUUUACUACAGGAAAACUCAAAUAUAUGCGAAGAAAUGCCAAAAAAAGCAUUUGCUGCAAGUAGCCACAUAGAGCAAUAUGUGUUGUAG